AUGGAAACCAUUGAAGGAGUAUAUGGGGAGAGAAGCAAGUCUUCAACUCUUCGGCAUUUGUGUAUUAAGGGUGGGGAAGAAAUUGAGGCGCUCAACGAUUUGGACAAGGCAAUUGCAGCUAUCGCCAUGGUAGCGCACACUAUUCAGAUAAAGCAAAGAACCAUCUAUGUUGAUCUGAUCACUACGAUGGUAAAGCAUACUUUAUUCAGGUACUGGUUCGUUUACAACGCCAUUAGGUAA